GAGUCUCACUUGCUGACCUGAACAAUGGUUGGUGAGCUUCCUCUUCCAUGGUUGGUGGGCUUCCUCUUCCACUCCCAUUUCUUUCUUAUAAACACUCCACCAAACUCCAACUCCACCCUUUCUCAUCCAUAACUCAACCAUGGCGCUUUAUACCACCGUUAUGGACGCUGUCACCACGUACACGGGGCUGUCUCCGGCGGCCUUCUUCACCAUCCUCUCCUUCAUGUGGGUCGUUUACAAAAUGGUGUGCGGCAUGUUUGUCGACCCAGAAGAGUUAAACGACGCUAAGAAGCCCACCGCCGUCUCCACUGCUGACGUGUCCCCUCCGGCUGUGGUGGCACCACGAGAACCCGUUCAGUUGGGAGAUGUCACUGAGCAGGAGUUGAGAGCUUAUAAUGGGUCUGACCCAAGUAAGCCGCUUUUGAUGGCGAUUAAGGGCCAGAUCUAUGACGUGUCUGCUUCCAGGAUGUUUUAUGGUCCUGGAGGGCCAUAUGCGAUGUUUGCUGGAAGGGAUGCCAGUAGAGCCUUAGCUCUGCUGUCUUUUGACCCACAAGACCUCACUGGAAACAUUGAAGGUCUUAGUGAAGACCAGCUUGAAAUUCUACAGGAUUGGGAGUACAAAUUCAUGGAAAAAUAUGUCAAGGUUGGGCAGCUUGUUUCUGAAAAAACACAGAAACACAAUGAAAAUGCUAAAGAGCAUGAUAAUUAAAAUCAGGACGGAGUUGAAAUAAUACAAACUUUGCCUGUGUAAUUUAGAAACUUGUAUAAUAUAGUUCUAUCUUGUAGAAUCUCUUCUCUUUUGAAUUUGAUUUGGUCUCCUCUUGCAUCAUACAUACAGGAAACAUACUUGCCUUGUACAUUUGCAUGAAUGUCAAUCCAUAUGCGUCGCCAUCUUGAUAUA